GAGUCUCCACGAGAGUAUACUCGCUCUCCCUUAACAAAUAAAUCUUCAUCGUCUACCUUUCUGCAAUCUAAAUAGAGAAUCGAAGAGAAACGAAUGUUCAGGAUGAUCUCUUUUCUGUCUCAGUCUACGAGAAAUGCUUGUAGCUCUCUCUCUCUCUCGGCGAGGGCUAAUCGAUAUGUUGGUCGUUCUCUCUCUGUCUCACCGUUCGGCCAUGACUCUGUCUCCUCUUCUUCCACGGGAGGGGGAAUCGCUUGUCGUUAUCUUUCCGUCCAGGGCUACGGGCUACCGGAAUCGGGAAUCGGGAAUCGGGAAUGGAAUUCUGAACAGCAUUUUGUUCUUUUGCUGGAAAAGAAAAUUAGAGAUGUUGAAGGCCAAGCUGUAAAGUACGUGGUAAACCCAUCACGGAUACAUGCGAGCAUAUUCAAAUGCGGGAUCACAAGUGAUCAAGUUCUAUGCAAGCAACUAAGGUUGUAUGCAUCUUCAGGUCAUUUAUCGGCAACAGAACAAUUCUUCAAGGAAUGUUAUGAUGCAAACACAGCAGGUUUGGGUGUAUGGAAUGCAUACAUCUGUGGUAUGGCAACUCAUGGUUCAGGGAGAGAAGCACUACGUGCUUUUGAGAACAUGCCAAACACACUGUUGAAAACACGUGCCACGUACUGGAAUGCCUUAGUUGCGUGUUCUCAUCUUGGCGAGACAGGCUACGCACAUUACUUGCUUGGGAAGGUAUUCAAAUUACUAGCUAUGGAACCUACUAUUGAGCUCUUAGGAACGUAUGUUGAUUCCUUAGCAAGAAACUGGGAACUGGAAAAGGCUGUUUUAGUGGUAAAGUCGAUGGUUUACAAACUAAACAAGAAAAUCAUAGUCAGCAUACUUGGCCGCUACGAAAAUCAUGCCAAGCCCAUCGUGUUUGCUCAAGAGUUUGUGAGAUACCUUGAAGAAGAAGGAGUUACGUAUUAUAUUCCAAAAGCAACUUAUAGGAAACUUGUUGAUGAUGAAAGAAGAAGAGUUGGUGACUUGGUGUUGUCUGAUAUGUUGGAAGAUAUUGGUGAUCCAGCUCAUGUUGAAGAUGAUCUCUAGAGUGGCUUGUUUGUAGAGAUUCUUCCGGUUUUCAGAUGUUCUGGAUUUAGUUCGGUUUAAAUAAGGAGGUUUAAAAAUUGGAUUAAAUUGUAACCGGCUUGAUGUUCAUUUGGAUGAUACUCUAUUUCCGUUGGAUGUCAAUGUCAACGAUCUUGAAUUUGGCUCAAUAUUAGUCCCUUCCCGUA